UCUGAUAUCCGCUGUAUGUGAAUAACACGCGAUUUUUCAAUGAAUUCUCUAUAUAUUUUGUAAAUAUUUGUAUAUCAGAUGUACGAUUAAAAAGUAAAACAUACUGAAGUGUUACAAUAAUUGUUUAAUAAGGUUUUGUAGGGGUGUGAAGUUUUAUAGAAGACUGGUUUAAUUGUGCAGUUAUCUAAGGUGUCCUAAGUGCCUAGUGCGUGUAGUGCCUCGAGUGUUAGUGCCACGUGUAACGUUAGUGUUGCCAGUGUUUUACUGAAAAAAGUUACAAAACCUGAAUUUACACAAUGGAACUAAGGAUAUGGUCUCUGUUUGGAUUCUUCGUGGUAUUGACAGUCGUCUCCCACUGUUCAGUGAAUGCACACGUGAUGGAGAGGCGUGAGGUGGAUGAUGGUGACUUCCUCGGUGAUGAGGGCAUUGAUGAUGAAGCGCAGAAAGAUGAAGGAAACGAUAUCCCAAUAGUGGGAGUUAUCCAGACUGUGGGCAAGGAAUAUACCCCAGAACCAGGACAAUCUGUGCGGUUAGCGUGCGUCGUCAGUCCAGAGAGCGUAUCGGUGGUGAACUGGCACAGGAUAGAAGGCGACGAGGUCGUGUCCCUAUACAUGAACACGAUGAAGAUGAUGAAGCAAGACAACCCAUUGUACAACAAGACGCGGAUCAUUUCCGAAGGCGGUGUCCACGACCUGGUGAUAGAAGACGUGACUGCAGCCGACGCUGGAGAGUACCGCUGUCAGCUGCUGCAGACUGAACCCACGUUUGUGGUGCACAGAGUGAAGAUUGUAUCUGAGCCUAGGAUUAUUAGUUUACACGCAACAAACAACGGGACAGUCCCAGAAGGUUCAGACCUCGUUCUCACGUGCAAGGUCGUUGGACUGCCGCCCCCGAAGAUCUUGUGGUCCAGAGUCACUCCUGGAUCUGAGAACGCCAAUGUCCGUUUGGGGGAAAACGACGGGGAAUUCUCAUUCGACAGCGUCACCAUAAAAAAAGUAAAGGGCCACCACUCCGGCCGUUACUACUGCUAUGCGUUCAACAGCUUGGGACAAGCGCAGGAGGAAGUCAUCAUUAAUGUUCUAGAGAAGCCCCACGCUCAUGUUCACAAGAAAGAAAUCAACACAGGGAUCGGAGACCACGCUAUGUUCCAGUGCUCCACACGAGGAACUCCUGUCCCUCAAAUCACGUGGUUCAAGGACAACGUUCCCGUGCUGGUGGACGGCCAGCGGUUCCUGAUCUCCACGGACGGCGCGCGCUCCAACCUCACCGUGGUGCCGGCGGGCGCGCACGACUUCGGCACGUACACUUGUGUGGCCCAAAACUACCACGGGGUGCACAACAAAUCCGCCGAGCUGGUCCAGAGGCCGGUCAUCGAUGACGUCGACGUAGACGGCGUCAAGAUCGACUUCCGAGUGCACUCGCAUCUGCCGUUGGAACAAGUGGAGAUACAACUCAUGGACCAGACUGGCAAUAUGAACAAAUAUGAGCUUCCUCGGCCGAAGAACUUGCAGAAAUCUUACAAAUUUUCGUACGAAGUGAAAGAUUUAACGCCAGGCGCUUACCAGGCCUUCAUCCGGGCUAAAAACGAAAAAGACUGGAGCAGAAAUACCGACCCCAUUAAAAUGAAUAUCGAAGCUGAGCCAAUCAACAUCCAGCAGAGUUCAAUAUACCGAGCAAACAGCGCGCAUUCCAUCCUACACUCGACGGCGCUCCUCUCGACUGCCUCCAUUUAUCUCCUUAUCCGAAUGCUAUAAAUCAUCAAAUACGAUACAAUAACAAUUCAGUGUCCUUCAAAAAGUCCCAAUGGGACUUACUGAAACUAGUUAAAAAUAAAUGAACAACAAAAAUCAAAUAAACUCUGACAUGAUAAAUUUAACUUGUUUAAAAAAUAUAACCAUUAAGUAUUUUUUUGGAUUUUAUUUUGUUUGAAGAAAAUACAUAAAAAAAUAAGAUAUUUUGUAUCUUCACAUAAAAAAAUAUUUUACUAGUACUUUGACUCAAUGAGACUUCUUCAGUGACAUGAACUAUUAUUUAUGUUAUUGUAAGUACUUUUGUAUUUACCGAGUAUUUGAAAAGUACCAACUAUUACGAUAGCGAUCGAUGUUAGACUAUUUAAUAUAUUCACAAUAGUUAUAUAUGUGUCGUUUGCAAAUCUUGCAAAAUAUAGUAGGUAUAUCUAUUUUGACAGUUUAUCUAUAUAUAUUAUUUAUUAUUUAUAUCCCAGUGUUGGGCAAAAGCCUUAUUUCACGCAUUUUGUUUAUUGUCUGUUUAAUCUAAUUAUUUUUUGGAAAGCUCAUGAGUACUCGAUUAUUGCUUCAUUUAUUUUAUCAACGAAAUGAAAUAAAAAAAUAAAAUGAAAAAAAAGUCGUAAAAUACAUACAAAUACUCAUUUUAUUGAAAAACCGUCAGCAUUUGUUUGCAUUUUUCUAUCAAUUUAUUUGCAAGAUUUGUAAAUCGAUUGAAAUAUUAACGAUCUGUAUUGAACAAUUGUUGUUAAUAUGAACUAAUUAUACUUAAUUAGCAUUCUGUACUAUAUCCGUCAGAUUCACAAACUUACAAUUCGAAGUUUCUAUUCAUUUUUAUAAGUAAUCUUAUUCAAAAUUGAAUAGUAUCAGAAAACGAAAGCGAUUACUAUUUUUAGUAAAAAGAAAAUCACAUAAGGCGACCUAAUCCUCUCUUUCCGCCUAUUGACUGGUGCUAUCUCACUUACUCUCAGCUCGAGGGCAAAAGAGGAAAAGCGAGAUAGCACUAGUUUAUCAUGCGAUAUUUGACCUUAAAGUUUACAAGAAAUAAUUCAUAAAGUACAAAUUUUGGUAACAGUUUCCUUUUUCACUACAUUUAUUGUACAGUUAUUGUAAGAAAUGUAUUUUUUAUUCAUGUUUAGUUUUAUCAUGAAGCAAAGCCCUAGGGCCUAGUAAUUUUGAAGGAAACAUUAAUGUAUAACUUGUAUAUUGCUUGCGCCAUCUUACAGCACCGCAACAUAUACAUAUA